CGUUUGGAAAUGCAAAAACAAUCCGCAACGACAACUCCAGCCGCUUCGGGAAAUAUUUGGAGAUCUUCUUCAGUGAUGACGGAGUGAUCCAAGGCGCUCGCGUGGAGCAGUAUCUCCUGGAAAAGUCCCGUGUCUGCCAUCAGGCCCUGGAGGAGAGAAACUAUCACGUGUUUUACUGCAUGCUGGCAGGAAUCACAGCAGAGGAGAAGAAAACUUUGAGCCUCAAAGAUGCCAAGGAAUACAAGUUUCUUACCAAGGGCGGCUGUAUCACAUGUGACGGCAGAGACGACGCUGAAGACUACCAGCGAAUUCAGUCUGCCAUGAAAAUCCUGACCUUCUCAGGAAGCCAGUGUCAAGAAAUCCUCAAGCUGCUGGCAGCGAUUUUACACCUGGGAAACGUCUGCUUCCAGGCCAACACAGAGAAUAACCUGGAAACCAGCGAUGUCAGCAAGUCAGAGCACUUCAGCAUGGCAGCAUCGUUACUGGAGGUCCACAAGUCGUCCCUGGCGACCAGUUUGACUCAUCGCUCCUUUAUGACCAACAGAGAGAGGGUGACCAAACCCCUCAGCUCCGAACAGGCGUCCGACUGCAGAGACGCCUUUGUCAAGGCGAUCUACAAUAAACUGUUCAUAUGGAUCGUUGGGAAGAUCAACAGCGUCAUCCACAAGAGGUUGGCCAGAAGCCCCAAAUCUGCCUUCCUGUCCAUCGGUCUGCUCGAUAUCUUUGGCUUUGAGAACUUCGACACAAACAGCUUCGAGCAGCUGUGCAUUAAUUUUGCCAAUGAAAAGCUGCAGCAGUUCUUCGUGGCCCACAUCUUCAAGCUGGAGCAGAAGGAGUACCUGAAAGAGGACAUCGUGUGGAAUAACAUCAAGUUCAGUGACAAUCAGGACAUCCUGGACGUCCUGGCUGUGAAACCCUGCAACCUGCUGUCUCUGAUCGAUGAAGAGAGCCAUUUUCCAAAGGGCUCCGACUUCACGAUGCUGGACAAGAUGAACUCGCUGCAUCAUCAGAACCAGAACUACAUCGCCUCCAAAAGCAAACACGACACCGACUUUGGGAUUCGCCACUUUGCAGGCGUAGUUUACUACGACUCCAAAG